AUGGCCAAUGCGAAGAUGCCCUUCUGCCUUUUGGCGCUCUUUUGUCUGUUAUUACAGUUAUUCUCUAUCUUCCAUAUCGGAAAUGCGGAACUGGAGAUGAAUUAUUACAGAGAGAGUUGUCCGAAAGCGGAAGAGAUAAUAAGACAACAAGUGGAGACUCUUUACUACAAACACGGCAACACAGCCGUAUCUUGGCUCCGUAAUCUCUUCCAUGACUGCGUCGUUAAGUCGUGUGAUGCGUCGCUGCUGCUAGAGUCAGUGAAAGGUGUGGAAUCUGAGCAGAAAUCGACGAGAAGCUUCGGUAUGAGGAACUUUAAGUAUGUUAAGAUCAUCAAAGACGCACUCGAGAAAGAAUGUCCCAACACAGUCUCUUGCGCCGAUAUUGUAGCUCUCUCUGCUAGAGACGGUAUUGUCAUGUUGAAAGGGCCAAAGAUAGAGAUGAUAAAGACAGGAAGGAAAGAUAGUAGAGGAAGCUACUUGGGAGAUGUUGAGACUUCAAUCCCCAACCACAAUGACUCUCUCUCUUCUGUUCUCUCAACCUUUAGCUCCAUCGGCAUCGAUGUCGAAGCCACCGUUGCUCUCUUAGGUGCUCACUCAGUGGGUAGGGUCCACUGCGUUAACCUAGUGCACCGGCUAUACCCAACGAUUGACCCGACUCUCGACCCAAGUUAUGCACUUUACUUAAAGAACCGUUGCCCAAGUCCAAACCCGGACCCGAGCCAGGUCUUGUACUCCCGCAACGACCGUGAGACUCCGAUGGUUGUGGACAACAUGUAUUACCAGGGCAUCAUGGCUCAUAAAGGGCUCCUUGUCAUCGAUGAUGAGCUAGCCACCGAUCCAAGGACCUCACCUUUUGUGGCCAAGAUGGCUGCGGACAAUGGUUACUUCCAUGAGCAAUUCUCACGCGGUGUUAGGCUCUUGUCCGAGACCAACCCUCUCACCGGUGACCAAGGGGAGGUCAGGAAGGAUUGUCGUUAUGUGAACUCUAAUUGA